CACCACACCCCACACAAAACCCCUCCUUCCUCUGCCUGCACACCCUGCCACAAGAUGGCUUCCUGCUCCUCACCACCAUGGCCACCCAUCCCUCUCCUCCUCCUGCUCUUCUUCCUCCUCUCCUCCUUCUUCUCCUUCUCCGUCCUCACCGCAUCAGCAGCACAAGCCUCCUCCCGACAGGCUGAGAGCGGCGGCAAUGCGACGGCAACGGCGGCGCAGGGAACGGAGACGGCGGCGUGGACGCCGCGGCUGCGGAAGACUUUCCUGGACGGCGGCGUGGAGCGGUGGCGCGGGCGGCGGCUGGUGGGGCGGUUCCAGGUGUGCGCGGUGUGCACCUGCUGCGGGGGCCCGCACGGGAUGUGCAUCCCGGCGCCCUGCUGCUACGCCAUCAACUGCAACAUCCCCAACCGCCCCUUCGGCGUCUGCUCCUUCACCCCGCGCACCUGCAACUGCCUCAACUGCCACCUCUAGGCAGGAUCUCCUCCUUGCUCGGUUCCUGGCGACGAAGAGAUCGAUCGAUUCAUGGUGAGGGAUUUGUUUGUUUGGGGUCUCAGGUUGGAAGAACUCAUAUAGUGGUAGCAGUACCAGUAGUAUAUAUACUCCUACAUUGUAGUAGCCAUGACUCGUAAAGUAGCGGUAUGGCGAUGGUUGGAUUAAUUCAGCUUUUUUGUGCGAUUUGUUCGUCCUCUUGAAUUGAACUGUGGAUAUAAAUCAAGUCAGUAGUAUCUUUCUUUGCAGUAACUUUUA